CUCCAGACUAGGCCGUGCGAUUGACGAGACGAGGCUGUGAUACGGAGUCCGGUGCAUUCUAGAAUUCUACAUUUGAUUCCUCUUUUUAUCUUACAGCUGUAUUCUGUGCUUCGAGUCUGACGUUCUGUGAUAAACCUCGUGCUUUUGUUGCCCGGCAAGAAUCAACAUUCCAAUUUUGUAAAUCAAUCUCAUUAUCAUCAUUAACGCAGGUAAAAUCAUUACGUAGAUUCCCUCGUUGUUUCUGCCAGCAAAAGUAUCUGCCGACGAAGUUUGUAACAAAUACCUCGCAAGGUCCUUUUUGGCUAUCUGACUAGAAUUUUCGUUUGAUUAAUAAUCGAGGAGAAGGAUUGUAAUAAUGGAACUGAUGCGGCCAGACCGACCGUCUAAGUGUACGUGGAAAGCGAACGGGGAAAAUUCGCCACAUACGAAACGAACGGAUGUACCAAACCGUAAGAAGAUAUUAUCAAGCAUUUUAAGCACAAUUGGCCAGACGCCUCUCGUUCGGCUUAACAACAUUCCUAAAUUACACGGGAUCAAAUGUGAAAUGUAUGCCAAAUGUGAAUUCUCAAACCCCGGUGGGUCUGUCAAAGAUAGGAUAGCGGACAGAAUGAUUGAGGAUGCAGAAAAUAAGGGUCUGAUAAAGCCAGGAUACACUAUUAUCGAACCAACAAGCGGAAAUACUGGCAUCGGCUUAGCGAUGGCCGCUGCGGUCAAGGGCUACAAGUGCAUCAUUGUGAUGCCGGAGAAAAUGUCUAAUGAAAAAGUCUAUGUGCUUCGCGCUCUCGGUGCGGAAAUAGUCAGAACGCCGACCGAGGCCGCUUGGCACAGCCCGGAAGCGCAUAUCAGUGUUGCUCAAAAAUUGCAGAGAGAGAUACCCAAUAGUAUUGUUUUAGACCAGUAUACAAACGCUGGUAAUCCAUUGGCACACUACGACCAUACGGCGACAGAACUUUGGGAGCAAUGCGACGGCAAUAUAGAUUAUGUGAUAAUUGGCGCCGGUACCGGAGGCACCGUGUCUGGAAUUGGACGAAAAUUGAAGGAAUUGUCGCCUAGUACACAAAUUAUCGCGGUGGAUCCUAAAGGCAGCAUUUUGGCGGAACCAUCUGAAUUGAAUGGGGACGGUGUUGGUUUCUACGAGGUAGAGGGAAUUGGAUAUGACUUCAUACCUACAGUUCUAGAUCGCAGUGUGGUCGAUGUGUGGAUGAAAACCGAAGACCACGAAUCGUUAAAAGCGGCACGAGAAUUGAUUAGCAAGGAGGGUCUGCUUUGCGGCGGUAGCAGCGGUGCGGCACUCGCGGCGGCGUUAAAAAUCGCUAAAGACCUCCCUGCGGAUAAGCGUUUGGUCGUUCUUUUGCCAGACAGUAUAAGAAAUUACAUGACCAAAUUUGUGUCAGAUCAAUGGAUGGAAGCCAGAGACUUUUUGCCGUCUGAACCUUCGAUAGAAGCGAACAAAUGGUGGUGGAACCUACCGAUAUCGGAUUUACCAUUAAAAAAGCACGUUUUGUUAAAAGGGAUGUCGUGUCAAAAUACUGUGGAUUUCUUGACAUCCGCUGGUCACGUACGGCAAUUGUUAGUAACCGACGAGAAGAUGUGCGUGGAAGGCAUUGUUACGUUGGACGCACUUUAUUCCAAUUUAAUCUCCGGUACGGUGAAUCGAAAUGAUUGCGCUGAGAAAGUCAUGAUCAAGCAAUUUACGAAGGUCACAGCUUCAACUACACUCGGUAAAGUGUCGCGGAUUCUUUCUCAAGAAUCUUAUGUCGUGGUUGUAAACGACGAUAAUACUUUAAUUGGACUUGCAAGUCAAAACGAUAUUUUUAAUUUUAUCACUAAGGACAAUGACCGCAAAAAUAAUGAAAUUGUAUAAAAUUUGUUCACGUUACAUGUGAUGAAGUAAAAGAUUGUCACCUGCGCUGCGUAGUCGGAUAAUUAAGACUAAUUACAUCAUAACGUUCCUUUAUGAUUUUGAUACUAUAAUAUUAUCUUACAUUUGUGUACGUUGGAUCAAUGAUUUAUAUGACGUAUAAAAGUUGUCAAUGUAGAAUUUAUACAUUUAUCUAGAUCUCUUUUUUUAAACUAGUAAUAUAAUAUUUCUUAAUGUCUCUUAUAUAACACUUAUACAUUUUAAGCAUUUAAGCUGGACUUUUUAUCUUUGCAGUAAUUUUAUGA